AUGGCUAAGCGCGCGUUACCAUAUAAAGAUGAUUUUUUGAAGUUUGGUUUUACAGAAAUAAAAGUUCGAUCGGGAUUAGUGCGUCCUCAAUGUGUGUUCUGCCUGCAAGUUUUGUCAAAUGAAUCAAUGAAAGAAAAUCAACUCAAGCGGUAUCUCAACACUGUUCAUCUUAUAUUGAUAAAUAAACCAUUACAAUUUUGGAAGGAACAUAAAAAUGAAAUAAAACGUAUGCGUCUUGAUUGUCCGUCCAAUACACGUCUUACAGUUUCAUUACAGAAAACAACAAAAGCAUCAUUUGACGUUGCUUGGAAAAUCGCACGCUCUAAAAAGGCACAUAACAUUGAAGAGGAACUUAUCAAACCAGCAGCUAUUCUAUGGUUAGAACGGUCUGCGGAGAUGACACUGCUAAAAAAUUGGAAUUAA